CCCACGAAUCCAAAUUUCCAAGCGCACUUUAUUUCGAAAAUACAGUACAUAAUAACCGGAGGAAAGAGAGAGAGAAUAAGUGUGUGUGCUCUGAUAUCUGAAUUACACAAAGGCAGACAUCAGCCAUAAGCAAACCGCUCGCAUAUUGAUUACUCAAGCGAAAAUCCUGACCAAGUACUUCAAUAUAUAAGACGCAUAUAUAUAAACAAGCCACCCUUUUCAUUGUUCCUGUAACAAGCUUAUCGGGUUUACUUAAGUCCCCCCUCCCGCCCGCCUUUCUCUCCCUCUCUCACCCACACUCUUACACGCAUACUAAACCUCUCUUUUCCUGCCCUUCAUCUCUCUUUCUCGUUCCCAUAAACUUUUACCCUUUUUCUCCUUUCCAUUCAUUCGACACAAAACAUGUCCAAACCAUCGUUUCUGAGAGAAUAUAAGCUUGUCAUGGUCGGCGGAGGAGGUGUCGGCAAAUCUGCACUGACCAUUCAGUUCAUCCAGUCCCAGUUUGUCGACGAAUAUGACCCGACCAUCGAAGACUCAUACCGUAAGCAAUGUGUCAUUGACUCGGAGACAGCUUUGCUUGAUGUUCUCGAUACUGCAGGCCAGGAAGAAUACAGUGCAAUGCGUGAACAAUACAUGCGUAACGGUGAAGGAUUCUUGCUAGUGUAUGCCAGUACGUCGCGACUGUCGUUUGAGGAAAUCAGCACGUUCCACCAACAGAUCAGUCGAGUGAAAGACCGCGAUUCGUUCCCAAUGGUAUUGGUUGCGAAUAAGUGCGAUCUGGAACAGGAUCGACAGGUUUCGAUGCAAGAAGGCCGUGAUCUUGCCCGACAAUUUGGAUGUCAGUUCUUUGAAACAUCAGCAAAACAGCGCAUCAAUGUCGACGAGGCGUUCUAUGGCGUCGUCAGGGAUAUCCGUCGUUUCAACAAGGAACAGGAGUAUCAAGGCGGUGGUGGCGGCAUGGGCGGUGGCGGCAUGCAGAAUAUGAACAUGCAUGAUCCAUCCGAAGCCCAGUCUGACAAGUGCUGUAUCCUCAUGUAAAAAAAAGAAACAUCCAUAAUUAACAACGACAAUAUCCACAAUAUCCGUCCUACGACAACACACGCGACACCAAUAACGACAAACAGCAACGACCACAGUACACACGACUUAAAUUCCUUAGAGUAGAACCAAAAAAAAAGUUAUUCCUCCUCCUCCCUGUCUUGUCCUAUCUCACACACACACACACACUCUCUAAUAUAUAUCCCCCUCCCACCAACCUUACAAACAAACCUAAACAAUUACUAUACAAAUUCCUCUUGCUUAAACGAAUGUUUCUCUGAAUAUUACAUAUCUACUACAUUUCUUUGUUUCUAGUCGCGAUGGCGAAUGGCCACAUUAAUAUGGGCUUUUUGAAUUGUUAUUUAGCUGGGAAGGUAUAAUAGUAACAAUCACGUGCUUACUGCAUAGAUCCCCCUUUUAUUCUCUGCUCUAAUGAACAUAACUGUUACUGCUGG